AUGUGGCGGGUCUUAGUGAAGAGUGGACUGGAUGCAAAGAAACUUUCAGUUUUUGGUGCAGAUGAAUCUUCGUUGAUAGCUAGACAGAUUUGUGAACAACUUGGAGUCAUUUGUGAGUCGUGGCAUGAGGAUUUGGUUUUAGGUUGGAUUCUUUCUGUCAGUUCUGCAGAGCCUUUUCAGAAACGUCUCCGUGGUGACCAUCAGCAGGAUCCGUUGGUCGUUGGAAGCCUCAGUCAACAGCAUUUCUCAAGGUCAAGUUCCUCUUCAGGUUCUGGUUUGGGUAGGACUUCAAAGGAUAUGGACUUUCUUUGGACACCACUCAGUGCAAAGCAGCGUGCAUUGAGGGACCAGACAGAGGCGAAGCAAGAACAUGAGAAUGCUUUGAAAGACAGAUGGUCAAAGGAGUUGUAUAAAGAGCUCAUGAAGGUUCAGGCACCAAUACUUAAUGGGAUGGAGAUUUGCGUCAACCAGUCAAGAGUGCAUGUGGCUAUUGCCGGCAAGACACGUCCUAGCACUUUGAAACGUUACAUAAAGGCAUGGAGAGAUUGGCAGACUUGGAAACUAAACACCUGGGGAAGCGAUGUUUUUGUCCAUCCUGGCAUGUUCUGUGAGUAUCUCUUCAAUCGCUUUGAUGAGCCGUGCGGAGCUACAGUACCAAAUUUCAUUUGUAAGGCAGUUGCAUGGUUUGAGAAAACAGCUGGCUUUGAUACUUCAGACACAGUUGCGUUGUCUCGUGCAGUGAUUCAGAUUAGGGACUAUUUGACUGAGAAGUUGUCAGCAGAUGCACCGCCUGUCAGAAGGGCUCCACGUUAUCCGGCAGUUGCAGUCGAAGCCUUGGAGUCAUUGGUUCUUGAUACAAAUGAGUUAGUUGGCAUGAGAAUCAUGGCAUGGGUUAAGCUUCUGAAGAUUUGGGGAGCAUUGCGCUAUGACGACAUGCAGAAAAUCAAGCCUGGUGAUUUGCAUCUGACAGGUGGUAGGUUGACAACCACUUUGCGUGUUACAAAGACUUCAGGGCCUGGAAAGCGUGUUCAGGAGUUGCCAGUUUGCAUUUCGGAGCAAGCUUUUGUCUGGGACUCUGAUUGGAUUCCUCAAGGGUUUCAGCUACUGAAGACCUAUGCAGACUUUGACAGGGACUAUUUACUGCCGAAACUUACAGCUGAUUGGGGCGGCUUCAUGCAGAGGUACGCCACAUAUCAGGAUGUCACUGCAUAUUCCUGUAGGCUGAGAAAACAUUUGGUAAGCCACUAUGACAUCAAUCCUUUGUUUCCUGAAGACUUCGCUUCUUUUUGGACAGAGCACAGUGAGAGAGCAACGUUACCGACUGCUUUGGCGAUGCUGGGAGUUCAGGGAGCUCAGAAGGACUUGGUAGGUCGUUGGAAGCCUGAGGCCAGAGACACUUAUGUAAGGGCAUACAACGGUUUGGUUUCACAGUUGCAAGCCAAGUACAGCAAGACGUUGAGAAAACAUGACCGCUACACGUUGUUGGAUGAGAUAGAUAUCAUUGAGAGUGCGGAUGCGUGGUUGCGUGACAGGAAAUCAGAGAUUUCGGAUGAUGAAAGGGCAGACUUGGUGCAUACGUUGAUGUCAACACUUGAUUCCUUUGCAGUGCAGGAACCUGUAGGGACUUUUGCAAAUCCAGAGCCCAUGUCAGAAGACUUUGAUGUCGCAGACCUGGAGACUACCGGAGAUGACAGACUGGAAUCAAAGGCGCAGAGGGAAACUGGAUACAUCAUUGAGAUGCAGGCACAUUUCUUUGAGAAUGGGGUCACGAAUGUCAACAAGUUUUCAUCCUUCUUCAGGGACGAAGCUGACCUCAUCAACGUUUUGAGGACGGAUUUCAAUGUGGAUGCAGCUGCAUCAUUGCAGGAUCGUGCAAAGGUAGCAGCGAUCAUAUGCUCUUGGAAAGAGACAGUCACAAAAGCAAAGCGCCAGGCUGAGGUGGAGGCUGAGAUGAAUUCUAGAGAGUGGACAAAGCCGAUACCGACUGGAGACUACGUUCAGUUGAGAAACUACUUCCAGAAGAACGUGGGCAUAGUGGAGGACCGAGUCAUGCCAUCGACAGAGUAUCUAGAGAAGAAGCUGCAGGAGCUGGAGAAUGGAGAAUUUCGUGCCGAAACAUUGGCCGAAGUGGUUUCGAAAGAUGAGAUAGAUCCUGAUGUGUUGGUUCCUGUGUUUGACAGCAAGGGCAGCUUGUCAGUGAAGAAGGGGAGCACUACGGUUCCUAUGCCUACAGGCCCAGAACAACUCAGACGCCGCCUCAGUGUGAUGCAGAAUUGCUUGAUGAUGUUGUCAAUGAAACAUGUUGGAAGGGAAGAGAUUCAGGACGUCAGCAAGGAUGUGUUCGAUAAGUAUAAAGAUUAUAUUCUUGGCGAUUACGUCUGGGGCCUUUCUUCAACAGAUCUCAAUGGGCAGCAGAUACAAACACCUCCUUGGGGAUUGGUACUUUCAUAUGAACAUGCAGUGCGGAAACGUGCAUACAGUCUCAUGUUGUCAGAGAGAUUGAUGUUAGGAGCAGCACUUGAGAAAGCUUGGAAAUGUCCCACGACAAAGGAACGCCAUUUCAUCACACCUUUGGCUUUGUACUCAAAGAGAUCUUAUGCACCGAGCGCCAAUCCAGGCAAAUGCAACUACAAAGGAUGCAAGUUCGUGCACAUGUGCAACAAGUGUUUCAAGACGGGGCACAACGCACUCAAUUGCAAGGCAGUGCGCAAGACAGAUACUGUGGUUAUUUUCGAGAACCCAGAGGACCUUGGAGCAGUUCAGCAAGGACCUUUUCUGGGACAGCGCCCAGCUAGCAUGUGGCAGUGGCCUGAGUUUAGUGAACUCCUAGAUUCUGGAGACUUUGCGACAGUGGAGCUUGUUUUGCAAAGUUGCGGAGGGCUACAGAAGCUGGAUCGAAUGUGUUUCGAGAUGGCGGCAAAGGGGGAGGACGAUCCAUACAUGAAAGCAGAAGUAUGGCGAGACAACUACGAGUCAGUGGGGGACCACGAGGAAUUUGUGAGACAGCAUUUCGAGGAGGAGUGCGAAGAAGGCUUGAUGGAGAAACUGACACUAGAGCAGGCCAAACAACGUUAUGGCGACAAAAUUGCAAUCUCUUCUUUGGCAGUGCUUGUGGAAGAAUCACAUGGCAACAAGCGGAGGAGAUUCCUUCAUGAUCCGGCGGAGCACGGUCUAUUAGCAUGUCGGGUCAAGCACUCUGACAACUUCAUCUUUGUGAACAAAGUUGGAACUUUUGGGGUUGCCUCAGCGAGUUACUGGUGGGGCAGACUAGCUGGUUCAGGCAUCAGACUGGUGCAUGAACUCUUGGGACCCGAGAUGCCGAUUGAGAUGCUGAUCUUUGCGGACGACUUGGAAUCGUUGGGGGCUGGAGUUGGUGGCAGGACUAUUCUUUGGUUUUUGGCUGACAGAACGCGAGAUGGUGGCAGUUUACAGGAGCCACCGCCCCUUAGAGAUGGUGAAGGAGAUGAUGUUAUCUUCUAUACAGAUGCAAAGGCGACAGAAUGUGGAGCUUGGAUUGGAGGUUUUCUUCAGGCCAAGGAUGGUAGUAUAGCGGAGUGGUUCUCUGAAGAGGUCAAGACCGAAUGGGCACCUUGGUUGUUCAUCCGUGGCGAUCCAAAGCGGGUCAUUGCUGCACUUGAGAUGUUAGCAACGCUCAUAGCUGCGAGGUUGUGGGCGAGGGGUCUAUCCAAAGGUGGACGUGGCAAGUGCUGGAUCAAGGGGAGUACAGACAAUCUCUCCAAUGCUUAUGCGGUUAGCAAGUGGAUGAGCACCAAGUAUCCACUUACAGUCUUGAUCAUGGAACUUUCAGAGACGUUGCGCACUAGAGAUUGUGAACUUUGUUUAGAAUGGGUACCGAGAGAGAAGAAUCAACUUGCGGACGAUUUGACCAAUGAAAAGUUUGACCAUUUCCCCAUGGAGCUUAGAGUCAGGUUGGUCGGAGGAGAUACAAAUGGUUGGUGCUGGACAGCCUUUUGA